ACGGGACCGGGAACGAGCCGGGAGUCGGGAGCGGGGAGCCGAGUCCAGCCGGAGGGGUCCCAGCAGCACGCCCUGCCCCCCCCGCCCCCCAGCAUGGCGCAGUGGCAGAAGGUGCAGCAGUUGCCCCCCACCCACCUGGAGCGCGUUCACCAACUGUACACCAACGCCGCGCUGCCCAUGACCGUCCGGCAGAGCCUGGCGGACUGGAUCGAGGACCAAGACUGGCAGCAGGCGGCCGAGCCCUUUUCGUCCCACGCGCGGAUGCUGUUCCAUUCGCUGCUGACGCUGCUGGGGGAGCAGCUGGGCAGCCUGGGGCCGGGGGAUGAGGACUUCAUGCUGAAGCACAACCUGCGCAAGGCGCGCAUCGACCUGCAGGCUGCCUUCGAGGAGCACCCCGAGAACUUUGCCAACCUGGUGGCCAAUCUGCUGCAGGAGGAGCGGUGCGUCCUGCGGAGGGCGCAGGCAAAGGGGCAGGCGGAGACCCCCCCGGCACCCAGCACAGCCCCACAGAGCAGCCAGGAGCGGGAGAUCCAGCAGCGCCUGGCUGAAUUCCGCACCGCCCUGCAGGAAGCUGAGCGUGCAUUCCGACACAUGGAGGACCUCCAGGACACCUUUGACUUCAGCUAUAAGAUGUACUGCAUGUCGGGCCAGGACCACUCCCACGACCCGCAGUACGUGCAGCACAUCCAAGCACUCCAGGCCAAGCUGCAGUCCCUGGACCGGCAGCGGCGGGAGGUGGUGGCACAGAUUCAGCAGCUGCUGGGGCGCAGCGAGACCCUGCGGGACUUCCUGCAGCAGGAACUGAGCGCGUGGCGUGAGAGGCAGCAGCGCAGCUGCCUGGGAGCCCCCGCUGAUACCUGCCUGCUGCAGCUGCAGGGCUGGUUCACAGCACUGGGCGAGGGGCUCUUCCAGCUGCUGCAGCUGCUGCGGGCAGUGGGAGAGCUGCGGCAAAAGGUGACCUACGAGCAGGACCCGCUGCAGUCAGAGCUGCCGCUGCUGGAGAAGCGGCUGCAGGAGCAGCUCACCUGCCUGCUGCAGAGUGCCUUCGUGGUGGAGCAGCAGCCCUGCAUGCCCAAUACCCCCAAGCGCCCGCUGGUGCUGCGCACAGCCAACAAGUUCUGCACGCGCGCCCGCCUGCUGGUCCGCCUGCAUGACCGCAACCACCGCAUGGAGGCCAACAUCCACAUCGACAGGGACCCGCCGAAGACGCGAGGCUUCCGCAAAUUCAACAUUCUGACCUCGAGCAGCAAAACCGUCCUGGUUGGGGACAGCCCCCGGGAGGGGCUGGUCUGCGACUUCCAGUACCUCACGCUGAAGGAACAGAAGGGCGGAGGAUCAGGCAAAGGCAGCAGAGGCACCAAUGAGGGUCCUCUGGCUGUGACUGAGGAGCUUCACCUCAUCACCUUCACACUGGCAUAUGCAUACUGCGGGCUGGAGCUGAAGCUGGAGACCUCCACGCUGCCCUUCGUCAUCAUCUCCAACAACAACCAGCUCUCCAGCGCCUGGGCCUCCGUGCUCUGGUUCAACAUGCUGAGCCCCAACCCCAAGGACCAGCAGUUCUUCUCCACACCGCCCCCAGCCCCGUGGCCCCGGCUGGCAGAGGUGCUGAGCUGGCAGUUCCAGAGCACAGCUGAGCGUGGCCUGAGCCGGGAGCACCUGCACAUGUUGGCUGAGAAGCUCUUCGGUUCAAAGCCAUCUCCGGAGAGCGCCUUGCCCUGGACCAAGUUCUCCAAGGACGGUGCUGCAGGUUUCUCCUUCUGGGCCUGGCUGGAUGGGAUCCUGGCGCUGCUGCACGACCACCUGAAGCAGCUCUGGAAGGACGGGCUCAUCCUGGGCUUCGUGAGCCGCAAACAGGAAAAGAAACUGCUGAAGGUGAAGCGGUCAGGGACGUUCCUGAUUCGGUUCAGCGAGAGCAUGCUGGGGGGGGUCACCUGCACCUGGGUGGAGCACCCUGAGAGCGGUGAGCGCAGCCCCGGACCCCCCUCGGUCUGACCUCACACCCACCGCUGACCUCCCACCCUCCCAUAGGACCCCCCCGCCUUCCGUGCUGUCGUCCCCUACACCGCAGCCGAGCUGGCGUCGCUGGCGCUGCCCGACAUCAUCCGUGAUUACCAGCUGCUGGCGGAGGAGAACAUCCCCGAGAACCCGCUGCUCUUCCUCUACCCUGACAUCCCCCGUGACGAAGCCUUCGGGCCCUACUACAGCCAACGGCAUGAGGGGAUCCUGACCAAGAAGAAGGAAUACCUGAACCAGCGCCUCAUCCGCGUAUCCUCCAGGCAGCCCCACGAGACGUGGCAGACGCAGGAGGAGUUGGUGGUGGCCACGGAGGACCUGGAGAUGCUGCAGUUGAAGGGCGGUGGGCAACAGCCUGUGAGCCCAGGGACGGUGCCGGGGGGGGGCCGGACCCCCGGGACACCUCAGGCCUUGAGCCCGGGGCUGCAGCAGGUGGUGGCCGCAGUCCCGGUGCUGCCAUCCCUGCAGCCACUGGGAUCAGGGGGGUUGGGGGUGCUGCAGACAGGGAUGGGGGACCUGGGGCCGCCCGUUGUGCUGCAGCUGCUGCCGGUGGUGCCCGGGGGGCAGGGGGUGCUGCCCGCGGAGGGCAACGCCAUAGGGCCGCUGCUGGGGAGCGGUGCUGCAGAGCUGCUGUUGGACGACGGCGCCCUGGGGCUGCAGCCGUCGGGGCUGGGGGAGCUGGAGGGGCUGCCGCUGCAGGAGCCGGCGCUGGAGGCUGUGGAGCUGCUGCCCGCCCUGGACGGUGCGUGGAUCCGACGGUGGACGGCGCCGCGCUCCUGGACUCCAGCGACCCCUUCCUGCCGCAGCCCGAGGACGCGGCCCUGCCCGCCGCCGCUUCCCUCUUCACCGCGGACGGCGAUUUCCCACCGCUCCACAUCGACGCCAGCGACUUCCAGUGACCCCUCCCCCCCUCGUGUAAAUAAACCCCUUCCUCCCCAUCAGCCCGCGGUGCUGUUAGAGCGGCCCCGGUGCGGCGUUGUAGCAGAGAGCGGCUCCUCGUUGCCCGGCCCUUUAUUAGAAACCCAUAAAUACCCCGUAUAAAUAGGGAGCGCGGCACAUAAAUAAGAAAUAAAUUAAGGGGGGGCGGGGGGUCAGCG